UCAUAUAUCCAAAACCCUAGCUAAUCUGAUUAUGAACCUCAUCACUCUGGUUGUACUCUUGGCUGUGCUACUUGUACAUUCACAAGCUAUAGACAUUCCAAAGCUAAGGCUUUUUGCAGCCAAGAACAAUGUAUCCUGCAUUUAUGUGUUUGGAGAUUCUAGUGUUGAUCCUGGUAACAACAAUAAUCUUGAAACUGAUCAGAAGGUUAACUUCUUGCCCUAUGGGAAAGAUUUCUACCAUGGCCAACCUACUGGAAGGUUCAGCAAUGGAAGACUUCCCACUGAUCUCAUUGCGGAUGCAUUGGGUUACACGAGAGCUAUACCUGCGUACCUUGAUCCGAAUUUGACGAGUGAACAACUUCUUCAUGGUGUUAGUUUUGCUUCUGGUGGUUCUGGUUAUGAUGAUCUUACUGCUCAUCUCUCGAAUGUGAUAUCUCUUUCGAAACAAUUGGAGUAUUUUCGGGAGUACAAGGCAAAGUUAGGGAGGUUGGUGGGGAAGAAAAAGGCUGAACAAAUCGUCACAAAUGGAGUAUUUCUAUUAAGCAUGGGCACCAAUGACUUCUUACAGAACUAUUUCGUGGAGCCUACUCGUGUUAAGCAAUUCACUGUAGACAAGUAUCAAGAUUUCUUGAUUUCUGCCAUCACCAAAUACAUUAAGGCAAUGCAUGCAGAAGGUGCGAGGAGAUUGGCAGUGGUGGGCAUGGAACCAUUUGGGUGCAUUCCAUUGAUUAAGGCUCUUAGAGGCGUAAGUGAGUGCGAUGAAGGCUACAACAAGGUGGCUCUCACGUUUAACUCCAAAGUGAAAGCGCUCAUGGCUACUCUUCAACAAUCCUUAGGGAUUAAAAGUUUCUACACAGACAUUUACGGUCUCAUAUUGGACACAGUCAAUAACCCAACCAAAUAUGGUUUUAUGGAGGCAUCGAAGGGUUGUUGUGGAUCGGGAUUGGAGUUUGGGCAAAGCUGUAAAGGGUUGCCUACUUGUGCCAACAGAAGCCAAUAUGUCUACUGGGAUGCUGUUCACUUUACUGAAGAAAUGUACAAAAUUAUUUCUGAACAAGCUCUUCAAUCUCUUAUGAACACUCUUGCUUAAUUAUCUCUCCCUCUCUCUCUCUCUCUAGAUAUAUAUAUAUAUAUAUAUAUGUGUGUGUGUGUAAUGUGUGUAUGUAUAAUAAUCAUAUGUAAUCGGAAAUCUGUUAGUCCAUAAGAUUUCAUUAUUGAAAUCAAAUAUUUAUUUUUAGCAGUGAAAGUUUAUUGUUUGA